GGUAGCGAAGUGGCUCUGGGACGGGAGAGUCGUGGAGGCGGGUAGUUGCUUGCUCAUUGCAGCUACGGGUCAUGUGACCGGAAGGGCUCCUUACGGACGCCGUCCCUCCUCUCGGCCUGAGCGCCCGGCCCGACCCCGGCCAUGGGGUGCUGCUACAGCAGCGAGAACGAGGACUCGGACCAGGACCGAGAGGAGCGGAAGCUGCUGCUGGACCCUAGCAGCCCCCCCACCAAAGCCCUCAAUGGAGCCGAGCCCAAUUACCACAGCCUGCCUUCCGCUCGCACAGAUGAGCAGGCCCUGCUCUCCUCCAUUCUUGCCAAGACAGCCAGCAACAUCAUUGACGUGUCUGCUGCAGACUCCCAGGGCAUGGAGCAGCAUGAGUACAUGGACCGGGCAAGGCAGUACAGCACCCGCUUGGCUGUGCUGAGCAGCAGCCUGACCCAUUGGAAGAAGCUGCCGCCACUGCCAUCUCUCACCAGUCAGCCCCACCAAGUGCUGGCCAGCGAACCCAUCCCCUUCUCCGACCUGCAGCAGGUCUCCAGGAUAGCUGCUUAUGCCUACAGUGCACUUUCUCAGAUCCGUGUGGACGCAAGAGAGGAAUUGGUUGUACAAUUUGGGAUCCCAUGAAGACAGUGGUCCUUGGACAGCUCUUCUCCUCUCUUCACCCCGCCUCCCCUGGCCCCAGCCUCACUAUGGCUUAUACAGUACCCUGACCUGCUACUAAUCACAGAGAAGAAUGUGGAGGAGGAGGAGAAGAGCGAGGCUAGAAGCCUGGACAAGUGAGGAUGGAGCAAGAGAGGGUAGAACCAUUUGGGACUGGCCUUCGAAGCCCUGGCCAGGGGUGGGGUGGGGGUCAAAAGGACAGGGCCUGGUAGGUCUUCACUGUCACUGGGAAGGGGUGGAGGUAACACUGUGAGAGUGAUCACUAGGGGGCCUAUGAAGGCCCCUUUCCCACUCUUUCUCUUGGCCUCACUCUUUGCCCCUCUCCGACUUGGUGCUUACAGGCACCUCACUAGGGUUUGUGACCAGUGUCUGGAUGAGAUUGAAUUUGAAUGAAUUGAGUUUGUAUUUCUAGCACCCUGGGUUUUUACAUGUUUGGGGUUUUGGUGUUUGUUUUUUUUGGGGGGGGAGGGGGUGUUAUCUCCCUUGAUAAAGGAAAUGUAUUCAUCUGUG